AUGUGGAGCCUCCUGCUGAGACCCGAAUGUAUCCUGUGUCUGUCUUCAGCCUUAUCAGCGAUAGCUCAGUUCAGCGAUGACUGGUCACCUAGGAUUAAUCAGACUCACCUGACCCCCUCUUACCUGAAGAUCCGCAGAGAGGGUCUAAAAGUAAAAGGCUCCAACUUCACACUGGAAAACUCUCCGUUUCUUAUCGUUGCUGGCACUGUGCACUACUUCCGGGUGCCCAGGAAGUACUGGAGAAACCGUUUGCUGAAGUUGAAGUCCUGUGGCUUCAACACCCUUACCACGCACGUUCCCUGGAACCUCCAUGAGCCAAUAAUAGGCCAGUUUUAUUUCACUGACAACCUGGAUCUCAUGGCUUUUAUAUCCAUGGCUUCGGAGGUGGGGCUCUGGGUCAUUCUGUGUCCAGGCCCCUACAUCGGUGUUGACUUAGACCUUGGAGGCUUGCCCAGCUGGUUACUCAAGGAUCCCAAAAUGAAACUGCGGACAACUUAUAAAGGCUUCACUAGAGCAGUGAAUCUCUAUUUUGAUCAGCUGAUUCCCCGGAUACGGUUACUCCAGUAUAACCAGGGAGGUCCCAUCAUUGCUGUGCAAGUCGAGAAUGAAUACGGUUCAUAUAAUCUGGAUAAGAAAUACAUGUCAUAUGUAGAAAAGGCCCUGGUGACAAGAGGUAUCUCGGUGCUGCUCAUGACUGCAGAUAACGGACUUGAACUGAGAAACGGCAACUUAAAAAAUGUGCUGGCCACUGUCCACAUGAAGAAUAUAAAGAAAAAAACUUAUCAGGAUCUUCUUUCAAUUCAGGGUCAGAGCCCUAUACUGAUGAUGGUGUAUACAGCGAACUCUUUUGAUACAUGGGGUGCCCUCCGCCGCUCUCUGGAUCCACAUCUGCUGAUGAAGGAUGUGCGUGAGCUAGUCAAGCUUCGGUUCUCCCUCAACUUCUAUAUGUUCCACGGUGGCACCAACUUUGGCUUCAUAGGUGGAGCUGAGUCUCUGAAUGGUUACCAUUCUGUAGUCACCAACUAUGACUAUGGUGCACUGCUGACAGAAGCCGGAGAAUACACGCCUGAGUAUUUUGUAUUUCAAGAGUUUUUUCACUCUGUUCUAGACCUUCCCACACCCCUUAAAGGAAAAUAUACCGCAAAGGCUAUCUAUAAGACGGUGACACUAUUACAGUACGUGUCGCUGUGGGAAAUUCUGCCCUACCUGGACAAGCCAACCAAGUCUGCCAGGCCAGUCUCCAUGGAGCAGCUGCCUGUGAAUCAAGGAAGUGGUCAGUCCUGUGGAUACACACUUUAUGAAACCACCAUCUCCACUGCAGGCCUCCUCACCUCCAGGGGCCAUGUUCGAGAUCGGGGUGAGGUGUUUUGACAUGAGAAGUAUAUAGGAGUCCUGGAUCAAUUCACGAUCAGCUGACUAUUACAAAAAGACAUCCAGGACCACCAAACGCUCAGGAUCCUCGUGGAGAAUCGGCCGAUUGGCUUAUGGGCAGGAUAUGAACAAGGAGAGACAAG